GGCCACCUCAAAAUACAGUAAAGUUUUCCCCUCUCUCUCUCUCUCUCUCUCUCCUCCUCCGGCGUAAGCAAAGAGAUGGGAAAUGACGCCUAAACUUGCUGUUGAUCUCUUUCUGAUUGAAACUUGAAUUUUAGUGCCCAAUCCAAUUGGUGGGUUUCCCAUUUUUCAGAUCUCUGAACCAUUUUUCCAGGUAAGGGGCAAGGGGAAAGGCUCCCAAGUAACAGUUCAACAGCAAAGGUUUGGACAUUCACCACAAAGAUUGGUUUAGUAAAAGUCCUGGUGGCUUCCUAUUUCUGAAUCAAUAGUGCAUUCACUUGAUGCUGAUUUCUGGAUGCAUUUAAAAAGAGACGAUUGAAGAUGGAAAAGAAGGAUGCCCUGCAUUCCAUUGUGACCUUUAUGACACAGAAAUAGUUCACAAAAUAGCCCAAGUGUUCCUUCCUGGAUUAGCAGCAGCUUGUGUCGACAACACAACAGGUGGUAUAUUCAGGUCCCCUGCUUCAGUGGCUGUUGAUUUGAGAAAAGAAAUGAUUGACUACCUCACCCAGCGAAGCGAAAGUUUUGUUGCUGAGACUGUUAUCUUGGAAGGUGGUACAAAUACAGAGGUAUCUGACCAUCCUUAUGAUAUCAUUUCUGAUUUUGUUGAUGACUUUGCAAGUUCAAAGAGAAAUAUCUUUAGUCGGGUUUCAGGAUGGCUACUAAGUGAAAAGAGAGAAGACAAGAUAGAUGAUUUCGUACAGGAGAUGGAAGAAAAUGGGUUUUGGCUGACAGACAGGACAGAAGCAAUUGCUCAGACAUUGGUUAAGAAUGUUGACUUUAAGAACACAUCUCACUGUGACAAGAAAUUCAACACAGCAGAAGAGCUAGCUGGGCAUGUUGUCAACUGUGACUUUAGGUCCAUGAACUGCAAAAAUGAGGGGUGCACUGUUGUCUUUUGUGCAAGCCAAAUGGAGAAUCAUGAUUGUGUUUGUCCUUUCAAAAUAAUCCCAUGUGAACAGAAGUGCUCAGAUAGCAUCAUGAGAUGCGAAAUGGACCGGCAUUGUAUAACUGUCUGUCCAAUGAAGCUUGUGAAUUGUCCUUUCUAUUCUGUGGGUUGUCAAUCCACCAUAGCCCGGUGUAUGAUAAAGCAACAUUGUUUAGACGACCUCCAUUUGCACUUGGUAUAUGCUCUUAAAAAUAUUCACAAGGGAGCUACUGAGGAGGACCUAAAACAACGGGUGGAUCAGAUAGUGAAGUCAUCUUCUGGUCAGCUAGAAGCAACUAGAGAUGCAAGAUCUCUAACCCUUAGAGUCAGGGAUAUUGAUGCAAAGCUUGGGCCAUUAGAAGUUAGUACUGCCAAAAAGGUUAGUGAAGAUGCCACUGAGGCUACAAAUAACAUUAUUGACAAAUCCACUGAGGCUAUAAACAAGGCAAUUGAAGAAUCAUCUGAGGCUGGAAAUGAUGGUGUUGAAAAAUUGACAAACACCACAAACAAUGUUGGUGAAGAGUUCACUGAGGCUGCAAAUAACAUUACCAACAUACCCACUGAUUCUAUAAAUGAGGCAAUUGAAGAAUCAUCUGAGGCUGGAAAUGGUGGUGUUGAAAAAUUGACCAAUCCCACAAACAAGGUUGAUGAGGAGUCCACUGAGGCUGUAAACAAGGCAUUUGAAGAAUCAUCUGAGGCUGGAAAUAGUGUUAUUGAAAAAUCAACCAAUAUCACAAACAAGGUUGAUGAAGAGUCCACUGAGGCUGUAAACAAGGCAUUUGAAGAAUCAUCUGAGGCUGGAAAUAAUGUUAUUGAAAAAUCGAUCAAUACCACAAACAAUGUUGGUGAAGAGUCCACAAAGGCUGCAAAUAACAUCACUGACAAAUCCUCUGAGGCUAUAAAUGAGGCAAUUGAAGAAUCAUCUGAGGCUGGAAAUAGUGUUAUUGAAAAAUGGACCAACACAAAAGACAAGGUUGGUGGCGGCUCUACGGAGACUUCAAAUGUAACAGCUUAUGCUUCAGAGGAAGCUAGAAGCCAAGUUCCAACAUAAAUCAAUUGUGAUUUCUCAGUAGACAUUAUAAAUGAAAUGUUAGAAAUCUUAUCUAGGAGGAAGCUCAAUCAUGCAACUUCUCAGAUGCUCAAACACUGGUUCCUCCGCAAAACUUUUGCUCUUGAGAUCUUGGUUUUGUUCCUUCCCUUCUAUACCUUUUCUUUCAUCAAGUUCUUUUUUGACAAUGAUUUUUUUCUUUUUUUGAAAUCAUAUAAUUUAAAUGGCAAUACUAUGUACUUUGUAGUUGUCGCUAUGGCGUGUAUCUGCAGCAUCAAUUAAUGUGAGGUAUCUGUAUCAGAACAUGAUGAUCCCAAUUGUCAAAUGGGUAAACACAAUUACAGAAAUUUAAAUGGUUGUGUGGAUGAUGUAAA